GCUACCCGUGACAUCAGAGGGCGGCUGUCACUGUGUCUGUCUUCGUGUGGUGCGCAGGGCGGCGGCGGCAGAAGGAGACUGGAGAGAGGCGGCUUCCAAUUCCAGGGGUCAGUGAGGGCUGGGAGACGCGCACACCAACACACUUCCGCGCUCCCGUCACUCUCUCACACACCUGUUGGUCUAGCGAGAGUGCAGGUGUUUGUCUCGUGUGUAGCGUGGCGAGAGAGAGCAGAAUGUGGGAGGAAAAAAGCAAAAUCACUGAGCGAAAUAUAAACACCAGAUUCUAAUUGUCCUUAAAAAAUAAAGAAAAAAAACGUAAAAAAAUGAAACAAACUCUAUAUUUUAACACAGAAAAAGAAAAAUAAGAAAAAAUAACAUCAAAUACACACCGGUGAACAUUUAACGAAAAAAAAACAAAGUGGUGAACGUAUAACAAAAAGAAAACGAAGUGGUAGCGGUUGGUGACAAAAAAAGAAAACGGGAAACGAGUCAACUAGAAAGAAAAAAAAUGGGAAAAAUGAAAAGUUGCCAGUGAAAAUGAAUCACAAGGAAAAAACCGAGAAAGUGAGAAAGUGAGAGGAAGAGAGACUUAGAGAGAGGUCACAUUCCCCUCAUGCCAACCUUAGGGGACCUCACCUUGCCCCCUGAGCCUCCCACUAACGCUAGGGACCUCGAUGUGGCCCUUAGACCCUUAACCCUCAACCUCACUAACCUUCUCGCUACCCCUCACAAUGUUACUCUUGGAAAUCUAACAUGGGAGGAGGAAGGGGAGGAGGGCACAGGUGGGGGAGGAACUGGGUCACCUCCUGCCAACUGGUGGGGACUGGUGGCGCUACUGGUGGUGUUGUUGACGUUGUUUGGAAAUAUACUGCUGAUUUUGGCCAUCUCGUGGGACAGAAGGCUUCAGAACAUGACCAACUACUUCCUGCUCUCUCUCGCGGUGACGGAUCUCAUGGUGGCCUCCCUCGUCAUGCCGCUCUCCAUUGUUGUCCUCGUUCUUGGUCACUUCCCGUUUUCGUCCGAGCUGUGCCUGUUAUGGAUUUCCCUGGACGUCCUCUUCUGCACCGCCUCCAUCAUGCACCUGUGUACCCUCUCCGUGGACCGCUUCCUCUCCCUCAGGUACCCCAUUAAGUUUGGGCGGCAGAAGACGAGGCGGCGCGUGGUGCUGAAGAUCGUGCUGGUGUGGUGCUUGUCGCUGGCCGCCUCGCUGCCGCUGUCCCUCAUGUACGCCACGGCGCCACACACCACCAUCGUGGACGGUGUGUGCCAGAUCCCCGUGUCACUGUUCCAGAUCAUCGCCUCUGUCAUCUGCUUCUACAUCCCGCUGGUCAUCAUGCUGGUCACCUACGCCCUCACGGUGCGCCUCCUCUCACAGAAGCAGAGUGAGCUGCAUCCCUCCGUGCUGGAGCCAUCCUCAGCCUCCGCCUCGCCUUCGCCGCGCUCCCUGCGCUGGAAGAAGCUGCUGUGCAAGACCACCUCCACCCUCAGCACCAGCACGGCUGUGUCCCUCACGGACGGCGAGGUGAGCGAGGCCGCCUGUCGCCCCGAGCCCUGCGGCUCCCACGCCACCAAGCUGCGGCGCCUGGGCAGCAGUAGCAGCAGCAGCCCUCAACGCCGCCCGCCCCUGGUGCGCUACCCAACCCACUACCACCACCAUCACCAACAACGCGCCGCGUUGGUGCGGGCUGACGGGUGCGGCAUGCGCGGCUACUCCACGCGGGAGCUGCGGGAGCCCGAGGAGCAGCCCUUCUCGCAGCUCACUGCCGCGGCGCCCGCCUACGAGAUGAGCGUGCUGCCCCCCGCCGCCCGCUCCGCACCCUCUUCCACCGCCACCUCGCCCCUCCACCUCCGCCACCACCACCACCACCGCCAGGGGGGCGCCCCGGACCACGACGACGACUCCAGCGCCGCCCUUAGCUGCGAGCAGAACGGCGAUCCCCGCGGCGGCGUGAGGGAGCGGGAGCGGUGCGGCGAGGAGUGCGGGGGCAGCAUGGGCGCGGGUGGGGCGGGCGGAAGGCAGGUGACGGUGCCGUGCAGCUGCGCCCCGCGGUUCUUCCUGGAGGACAUGAAGGCGCCGGACAGCCAGUGCGAGGAAUGCGCCGUGCCGCAGCCCGAGGUGGCCGUCCACUACACGCCGCCCACGCCGCGCCGCAGCCGCGACAUCACGCAGCCCCAGGAGGAGAGGAGCUGCUGUUGCUGCUGCUGCCUCGCCGCCUUCACCCGCCUCACCCGCCGCCACCGCGCCCGCGAGGCGGGCGCCCCACUGUCGUCGCCGUGGCACGAGGGGUCCCCGAGAGCCCCUAAGGACAUGGUAACCCGCGCCGCCCUCAGGUCCGGCGGGCAGGUGACCACACUCCUGCAGAAGGGAUGCGCCACUGAUUCUGGUUCAUCGCCUCGUGGACUGUGGCGGCAACAGUCCUGCUCCGCCUCCAUCAAAUUCGUGUCUUCGAAGAGGCACGGCAGGACCCUCAGGAUGGAGCAGAAGGCGACGAAGGUCCUGGGAGUCGUUUUCUUCACGUUCGUCCUGCUGUGGGCCCCGUUUUUCAUUGCCAACGUCCUCAUUUCCUGCGGCGCACACAUUGGAGAGGAGAUGAUUAACCUGGUCACUUGGCUGGGUUACGCCUCCUCCAUGGUCAACCCUUUUUUCUACACCUUCUUCAAUAAAACCUUCAGACAAACCUUCCUCAAGAUCAUCAAGUGUGAGAUUAAGACCAGCAGGAAGUACCAUCUGUGAGGUUACGAGUUUGUCAUGUCCAGUUAUGUUCUCCUUUGUUGAUGUGCAGUGUGUCUAUUAGAGGAAACGUGUUUGUGAGUCUAAGGUGCGUAUUCAGAAACACUUUGCUCACUUUGCUGGGUCUACUCUCUCACCAUGAAUUUUUCCAAGGCCACAGAGAUGAUUAGCGGGGUUUUCAAGAGCGUUUCUCCAGUUAAUAUAGCA